AUGGCUUGGUGGUUGGAUGAGGAAUGGCCUCAGGAGCAUCAAGAUGAUGUUUUUGGGGACAUUGACUGGCAAGAGUGGAGUCCCAGCAGUUGGGACGAUUGGAAUGAGCCCACGUUCUGGAACGAUUGGUCGGAUGACUGGUCAUGGCAUGAAGUCGAUUGGCAAGAUGGCUGGAUCGAUGAUGAAGAGAUCAAUCCAGAACAGAACAGCGAGGUGCCUGAAGAGCGAUUUGCUGGCAAAUCGAAGAGCCAAGGAAAGGGCUUCAAUUCCAGUGGAAAAGGCAAAAGCAAGUUUGGUGGCAAAGGAAAAGGCAAGCCGACCUUUUUCUCCGAGCCGGCCAUGUUCAAUGUGAACUGGGACGCACAGACCCUGCAUGGUCGCCCGGCCACCAAGGCUGUCAUCGAUACUGGCGCAACAAAGAACGCCGUAGGCAUUGAUGCUUUGAAUGAUUUAGUUGUGUCAGGUGGUUUUUCCUAUUUGGUCACCAAUGACAGCCUGCCCACCUUCCGCUUUGGGAACGGCCAGACCGACAAGGCGGUCAGCAAGGUCAGUCUCCAGGGCACAUCCUUGGGACCCAUGUCCUUUUACGUUUUGGAUGGAACUGGAUACAACAACGGCAUGUUUGUUUUUCGACCCCAUGGGGAAUUGGCACAAGUAGAGGAGGAAGCAAAGGCUGUUCAGCUUGAGGCUUUGUCGUCAGGACACCUCACGAUUGACCUGGCGGCCAAUCCAGUUCAUGUUUCUGAGGCACGAGACCUUUGGACGAUGACCUCAACUCGAGGUGCAAAAGAGGAGAGCAGUCCUUGUGCAGCAGCAGUCCAUGCUUUUUCCACCUCUACUCCCACAGGCUUCCCGUGCUUUGGAAAGCAUAAAGAAGGGAAGAUGAGGCAGAACCAGCACGCCACUUGGAGUCAGUGCGUGCAGUGUGGCCUACGCCUCGCCUAUGUCAGCAAGAAGGCAGCUGGUGGACAUACCAGACAGAUGGGCCCGGAUCCUCAUUUGAUCCGCUUGGCCAUGGCAUCCAUCGAGAAGAUCACGCCUCCCGACCAGGUGACAGCCGAUAUGGUGAAUGGCAAGCUCAUGGAGAUCAAGGGCACGAUGCUCCAGAUGGGGAUCAAGACAUCCCUGGCCAUCAACAUGACUCUCAAGGAGUACGAAGAGCGCCUGGAGCGGUAUGGCCGAGCAGAUGGGAAGCCUCUGGUGACGGUCAAGAAGGAGAAGGAAAGGUCGGCAGCCCCAUCGACGCCGGCGACGACAGUGCCGGGAUCUCCGGAGGGUUUGAAGACCUCCCCAAGCUCAGCCGAGGAGAAGACCGGCCUGAAGGCAGACAUCAAGAAGAUGAUGGGCUACAAGCCAAGCCGGUCGCCAUCACCAGGCAAGAGAUCCAGUCCAUCGGCCCCAUCGAAGCCAGAGCUUCCGAUCCAUGUGGAGGAGGAGAACCCGGUCAUCGAUGUGACCUCGGAGGACGAGCAUAUGGACAUGGCGAAUGGCCACUCGGCCCCAAAAGGCGAUUGA